AUGUUCGCGCGAAGGCCGCUGGGAUGGUUCGGGAUGCAUGGCCGAGCGGUGUCACACACGUCUCUGCAUAGGAUGCGCCUGUUGGACUCGGAUCCGGGGCGAAUACUGUACCAGGACAUUCGGGCGCGGGCGGGAAAGCCCUGGUCACACGCACGUCGUCGAGGGGGCGAGCCGGCGCUUCCGGAGGCGAGGAUCCUCGUCAUCGACGGCACGAACCUCCUCUUCCACUGCUUCGGCCUCGCGAAGCGCUACAAGCAGGGCCGGAGCACCGCUCCGGGCACCGCGCCACACGACAUUUACCGAAGAUGGGUCGAGAGGCUGGAGAGGAGACUAGGAGCCGCGAUGUCGAUAAGUGUGUUCGAUCCCGAGCGAUCGAAGGGCGCGAUGACGGUGCGCACGCGGAUCAAGAAGUCGUACGGGCGCCAGCGGCCCGACACGGCCAAGAACCCGCAACGCAAGGACGCAAAACACGUGUCGCGUGCCAUCACGAAGCCCGAAAACGGCUUCUGGUGCAUCGCACCGGGCGACAUGUACGAGGCCGACGACGGCAUCGCCGCGGUCUGCCGGGAAAUCGCCUCCCGCCACCCAGACGUGCCCAUCGCCGUCGUCAGCGGCGACACCGACAUGUGUCAGGUCCUCGCGACGCCCGGCGGCAACGUGUGGUGGCUGCGCAUCUCCGGCUCGUCCUCGUCCUUCCCCCCCGAGCCCAUCACGCCGGAGUCCUUCCACGCCUCCAACGGGUUCCCCCCCUCGGCGGCACCCUGCCUCUUCGCGCUGCGCGGACAUCGCGAGAAGGGCGUCACGCUCGCGCAGGCGCCCUCCGUGCAGUGCGCGAAGCGCCUCCUGGUCCGCUUCGGCAGCAUCGAGGGCAUCGUCGCGGCGGGCAAGGCGGGCACGCUCCGCCACUGGGGCCCGCAAGUGUCCAAGAUCUUCUCCGAGGCGGACGCGCGGACCGUGAACGCGUUCCUGAAGAACCGCGACCUCUUCCGGCUGCACAGCAACCCCGACGAGGUGCUCCGGCGGGACACGCUGGAGCUGAUGCGCGGCGGCGCGCUGGGGGCCAUGGUGGAGCUGGUGGCGGGGAUGAAGACGACGGAGGAGAUUCCGGGGCCGGAGUUCGACGUCAUGGGCUCGAAGUGGUCCGGGGACCCGUGGUAUGAGCAGCAGAUGUCGGGGCCGAGCAUUCGGCGGUUCGCCAUGCGGCCUGGCGAGGCGCUCGGGCCCGCGCUGCUGCCGGACGACGAGGUGCACCGGAUAGCGAUGGGCAAGGCGGUGGAGAAGGUGCGGAGCGUGCUGGAGAAGGGGAUGCAGGCGGCUUCGGACGCGCACCCGGCGCUGAAGACCUGCGAGGUUGUGUCGUGGCAUCGCGCGCCCGGCGCGGCAACGAUCGACGUGGCGGUGCUGCGCGACAACGGCAGCGUGCACAUGGGGCUCGUGGUGUACACGGCGGAGGAGAAGGAGCGCGGGCCGCCCGGGUGGGUGAAGGCGAGGCUGCGCGUUUUGAAGAAGGCAUAUGGCCGCGAGCGGCCGCGGCUGAGCGCCGUGUCGACGGACGCGGUGCAGCUGGCGGCGUUCCUGGACGUGGAAGAGGGGAUCGAGGCGCUGCUGGGCGAGCUGGUUCGCGACCUGCCGUGCGCGGAGGAUACAAAUGUGGCGGCUGCAGGCAGCUCGUAG